UUACAAGAAGAAAUGACUUGAAAGUUGAAUGAUGUGACCUAAAAGUUCAGUAAAACUAGUCGAAGAAAAAAAACCCAAAAGGAUAUUGCAGUGUCUUGAUGAUGGAGGCUGUCCCUGUUCUUAUGGUCAUCUACACGAGUGAUGCUGUGGAGGUUCGGUACUCGGACGGCUCGAGACUUGAACUCUCGCCCUGCGGCUCUGUCAUCAAACAUCACAAGAAACAAGAUGACCAUGUACACCCCAUUUCAGGGCCGAGAUUUAUACAGCAGAGAACACGGUUUGUGACGAGUGAAUACUGGAAUAAAGUGCUUCACGCUGUCGACUUCCGCAACAGAUUUGCGGAGAUGCCAUACGUCUGCCAGGAACUGCUGCACGAGGACAAAGUCGUGUCCCUCUAUGCUGACAUCGUACAAGCAGCAUGGCCACGGGAUGCUGAGAAAGCGAGUAUUGAACAUUUACCAGACGGCGGUGUGCGGAUUUUCUCACUUAACGAGUAUGCAAGUCUUGUUCUGUCACCACACAAACAGGAGUUCACUGUGUGUUACUUGUCCAAACUCGGUCAAGAGUCUCCGAGAAUUAGUAAACACUCCACCUCGAGGCUGUCUACAUCUUGCUGUUCCAACAGUUCGGCAGAAAAUAACAGUUGUACGUCGCAAGAAAAACAUUCACAUGACAAAACUGUGGAAACGAACAAUCGUGUAACACCAGAGAAACAUUCAAAUAACCAAACUCAAGCAAGUACCAGACAUAUGGUGCCAGAAAAUACUUCCAUAGAAAAUAACAGUCCAGUGAUAUCGGGUAAACUUUCACACACAAACUCCAUGGAAUGUAACGGUCACACAAGGCCAGAAGUUUGUUCUGACGUCAACCGGUCAUUUACCGAUGAUGAGAAGUUGCGCGCAAGUCCCAGUAAUGGCCGUGUUGACACGGUGUGUACUGCGUGUAGAGUAUCCACGCCGACUGAUGAACUCGAUGUGGGUGUCGCUCCUCACGACAAGGCGGCUGGUUUCAGAUGUCGAGAUCUCGACCAGAUCCCUGUCCAUGACCUGUCCAGCAUCAGCAGAACCUCGUCCGAAGGCCUGUGUACGACAGUUGACAUCGACACAACAUUGGAUGCGCCGAGCAGUUCCAUGCAGAAUCCAGACCAUACUUGUGGAGGUAGUGGAGUCGAUAAGAAACCAGGAUCUCCUCGAGAAAAUGUUUCGACGGGAAAUGAUGGACUACAGAACAAAAGUGGAAAACGUAAUCGAGUGAGCUUUGGUGAUCUUUCAGCUGGGAGUGUGGAAGAUAACACCAUCCAGAGAAGUCCUCCUGAUCAUUCAUCAACGGAAACAAUAGAAACUAAUUGCAGUUUGAGAAGCAGGGGACAUAAUUCAGGCAGUGAGGUGGACGGUGGAGACGGAAGUAAAUGUCGUCACUCAUACUGCUGGGUGACGCGACAUUUCUCGUGUAAUCAGUGUCCGUUGUCAUGGAAACACCCACUGAUGCUUGCGACAGAAGCUGCGUCCAAGAAAGCAGAAAUAGGUGAAAGUAGCAGUCCUGACCAUGCUCCUGUAGUUGAAUCGAGUCGGCCAAAGAAGAUGCCCAUCCACAUUGACAAAAAGAAGUGCAUGCUUACCUCCCUUCCCAGAGCUCUUCCACUAACUUGUCCCUUCCAGCACAAACACAAGUGGAACAUAGCAGACGACUCGGAAAUCAUACAGGCAGGGAUACUGAAAGUGAUACUGAUAGAUGGAGCCGUUUACAGAAUCAUUCGGAUGGCAGCGAUGAAUGUGAUUGAAGUGUUCCCAGGAGAUGGAAGUGUGUUCAUCUCUCAAGGAAUCAGUGGUCAAUACUUCUCCUACAUCACAUAUAAUGCUCCACAGGUAAUAGAGAAGACGUUUUCUCUCAAGGCUCUCCCGCCAUCUCUGCCAGGUGCAGGCUACUCCAUAGAGAAACUGCUGAAGAGAGCUAGCCGAUUUCUGUCCCAAGCCAGCCAAAGUGACAAAAUGUCAUCCACAGUUGAUCCAUGUUGGAAAAAAGAAGAGGUUAAAAUUGUAGAACCCCUUCCGGUGCAGACGCUGGAGGAGUGUCACAUUCCCGGGUGGGGUAAGUUUACCGCUCACACAAACGGUCGUGUGAGGAUCGUGUUUGAAGACCGCACAUCCAUGGAUCUAGUGUGCGACUUCUCCAAGCGAAUCGCCGAGUGCGUGUGCCACAGCAACCAGUCGGAGGAACUCCUACAGAAGUGUGAAGCAGCUAAACAUAAAGAACAGAGGUCCGUAACUGGCUUGGAUGGAGUGUUGGAUCGCAACAAGUGUCGCAUUUUACUGCCCUCCGGAAAAUACGUUCUAGUGGACUUACAGAAACCCGGAUUAUAUCACAAGUACGUCAGUCAGGCUCUGGAGUGGGCCAGCUGGGUAAACUCCUCGCCACUGGAAAGGCAAAAAUUCUACGACCAGCUCAGACGACCUGAAUCUGUUCGCUUAUCGGCCGAAGCAGAAUUACAGAAAAUAACGUGUUUCAACUACAUUGCUGACAGGACUGGACCAAAAAAGGAAACAGCAUCCCAUGUUCAUCAGCAAUUGAAGCACUCUUCACAGGACAGUUGGAACAGAGACAGAGAAAGUAGUUCUGGACUUAGGGAGGGAAGAUCUGCACCAACUGAAAGCCUUCUGACACAUGGAAGUGUGGUACACCAACAAACAUGGCCACACGUGGGUGGAAAUGUUAAAAGCCUUGAAAUGCUCCAAGGCUUUAAUUCUGUACGACAAGCUUUACUACAAACCAACAGACUAAUCAAAGACAUCGAUGAAAUCCUUGACAAAAAGAAUUGAAGUAAAUCAGUUUUGAUUUGACUGAAGGACAACAUGUCAAACCAAAGUGACAGAAAGCAUCUUUGCCUUGUGUCGACCAACUUGCAACGGAACGAGACCAGUUCUCCAAUUCCACCAUAUGGAUAGCUUCAAGAUCCUGGCCCAUAUUCGGAUGGGAUUAUCGGACAUAAAUUGAAUGCACUUCUGAAUUUUAGAAACAAAACUAUAUUCAUUGUUUAUCAACUAUGUUUUAUCUGAUCAAAACAAAAACAUUUUAAAAUGGUCAAAUAAUCAUGUACUUUUUCAAUUAUUAAUAUCCGAGGAGCAACGACCAAUACAGUAUCAUAAUGAGAAAGAGGAGUCAAAUGAAUAAUUCAAUCAACAAUUCAACCGAAUUGAAAACAAAAUCUUCAUACUAAAUCUCCAAUAUUUCUGAAUGUAAUGUUGAGUAUGUACCAGUACUAAACAGUCGAAAAUUAACAGCAUUCUUAAAUAAAACUUUAAAAAAAGAAGAUUAAGUUAAAGCUACAACAGAACUUUUGGGUGUACUCGUGCAGUUUCUUUGCCACAUAGGUUUUAAACAAGUUGCAUGUGGCUAAUUUUACACAUCUUCCUGUGUCGUGCAAACGAUGGACACCAUUUGAAUGUUUUACCACAUCCACACAUUUUGUCCCGUCGAGUUUUAUAGACCUUGGAACACACCUCACAUAGCAGUUUGGCAAAACUGAGAAAGUAGCUUGCUGCUUUAAAACAAAUUGACGAAUAUCUUCUUGAGCAUUUGUAACCGCUGAUUUUUCUUCUUCUCAUGCUUAGCCCUGACAUGUCGUUUCAAAUUACUGCCAACUGGACUUUUGUAAGUACAAAGAUCAUAUUUUGUUUUCUUUAAUACUCCACUAACCUUUGAUUUUGGGGUUGAUGUUAUAACAGGUUUACAGUUGUUAAUGUCAACAUUAAUAUCAGGACUGUUGUCAGAAUUAGUGAUAUUGUUUUCUUUGACAUCUGGUAAAGAAAUGUUCAUUGAUAUAUUCGUUUCAUUAAUGAUAACAGACGAUUCAUCAAUGAAUAACAAUUCCAUAAUCAAACGAAUUUGGUGAACACACCGUAACCUAUAAAAUAGAAAUCGUCAAAAUUCCGUAUGAUACUAUCAUUUCUGUUUUGAUUUAGAAAAGAUAAACAUGCAUUUUCUGACGUUUUGACAAUAAAUGCUAAAGUAACAUAUUUAUUCUGUACACAAAAUGUAUUGCUUGUAUGAAAGUUAGUGAACAUGGGUAAUCCUGACAUUUUUCUGCGGAUGUUUAUUUUAGUUUUGUAUGCUCUAUUGCAUGACACUGUAUUAAAAUAGUACUUUAAACUACACU